CCCAAACUAAGAUGUGAUCCCUCUGUGGACGCGUGGUUUCUCGUGAUUGUUUUCCCUCUCUCUCUCUCUUCCUCUUUCUCUCUCUAAACACAGAACAAGCCCACCACCUUCUUCUUCUUCUUCAUCAUCUCUUCUUCUUCGUCUUCUUCUUCGUCAUCGCCUCCUUCAGGCUUCGAGUCCCUCGGUGGGUCUUCGUUUAAUCCGGAGGAGGACGUCCAUGUCGUCGUCUUCGGGCCCCGCUGCCGCCGCCGCCGCCGCCGCCGCCGCGGAUUCGCACCGCAAGAAGCGGAGGAAGAUAGAGGCCGACGACGCGGAGGAGACGAGCCGGGGUCGGAAGACGGCCGGCGCGGGGGUUGGCGAAACCACAUGGAGGUCCCUCCCGCAGCAGCGGCUCUACUACACCAGGCUCGUGGAGGCCCUCUCGCGAUCUCGCCGCAGCUCCUCCGCCUCCUCCGCGGAGGCGCAGGAUGCUGCGGCGGCGUCGGCGUCGGCGUCGGCGUCGUCUCCUCCUUCGUCCGGCGCCGGCGAGGUCCGGGGGAUCGCGGACCGGGUCCUGGCGACGGCGGCCAAGGGGAGGAGCCGGUGGAGCCGGGCGAUCCUGGCGAGCCGGCUGAGGAUGAGCCGGCUCGGCAAGCACCACAAGAAGGCGAGGGCCCCGACCGGGCGCGGCCCGCUGAAGAAGAAGCCGCCGCCGCAGCCGGCGCUGGAGGGCGGCGCGAGGAAGAGGAGGCUGCCGGCUGUGGAGCGGAGGGUGAAGGUGUUAGGCCGGCUGGUCCCCGGCUGCAGGGGGAUCUCGAUGUCGAGCGUUCUGGAGGAGACGAGCGACUACAUUGCGGCCCUCGAGAUGCAGGUCCGCGCCAUGACCGUCCUCACCCAACUCCUCUCCGGCGCACAGCAGCAGCUGCCGCCGACGACGACGACGACGACGAGCGGCGGCCAGAUCGGCUCCGGCUCCGGCUCCGGCUCGGGCUGAGCCGAAAGCGACGGCCGCCGCCGCCGUCGGAAAGGUUGUCAUUAGUUGUAAUGUUUUUUCUCCUCUUUUUUCCAACUUUUGUUUCUCAUGAGAGAAUUUAAAAAAAAAAUUUCAUGUUAUUCUAUUCUAUUACUAUGUACAUGGUCUUUUCUUUUCCUUC